CGUCUGAGCUACAUACAGCUCUCCGUCAGUUUCUCCAUCAUCACCACCCAUCCAAUCCCGCGCACCCCCUCCCCCUUCUCCCGACGCCGACUCCCAGAGCGAAAAUAGACGCAAUGGCAUCCCGGCGGCUUGCAUUGAACGUGCAGCAGGCCCUUCGCUCCAAGUCGGCCAUCAAUGCCGUCAAAAACAGCAGAAGGUCGCCCUUGACCAGAGGCCUCGCGACCCCCGUCCCCCACGGCUCCAAGACUGAGUCGACCACCCUCAGCAAUGGCUUCACAAUCGCUACCGAGCACUCCCCAUGGGCCCAGACAUCGACCGUUGGUGUGUGGAUCGAUGCUGGCAGCCGCGCAGAGACGGACAAGACGAAUGGAACUGCACACUUCUUGGAGCACCUUGCCUUCAAGGGUACCCAGAAGCGCACUCAGCAGCAGCUCGAGCUCGAGAUAGAAAACAUGGGAGGCCACCUCAAUGCCUACACUUCUCGCGAAAACACCGUUUACUACGCCAAGUCCUUCAACCACGACGUCCCCGCUGCCGUAGACAUCCUCUCCGAUAUCCUGCAAAACUCCAAACUCGACCCCGCUGCCAUUGAGCGCGAGCGCGACGUCAUCCUCCGCGAGCAGGAAGAGGUCGACAAGCAGCUCGAGGAAGUUGUCUUCGAUCACCUUCACGCCUCCGCUUUCCAGGGUCAGCCGCUCGGACGCACCAUCCUCGGCCCCAAGGAGAACAUUGAGACCAUUCAGCGUACCGAUUUGGAAAACUACAUCAAGACCAACUACACUGCUGACCGCAUGGUCCUCGUUGGAGCUGGUGGCGUUCCCCACCAGCAGCUCGUCGACCUCGCCGAGAAGUACUUCUCCAACGUGCCCGCCGAACCCCAAAACUACUCCGCCAAAGCCCUUGCCGCUGAGCAGAAGGAAACCCCCGACUUCAUUGGCUCCGAGGUCCGCAUCCGCGAUGAUACCUCGCCCACCGCCAACAUCGCUAUUGCCGUUGAGGGUGUCAGCUGGAGCGACGAUGAUUACUUCACUGCUCUCGUCACCCAGGCUAUUGUUGGAAACUGGGACCGUGCCAUGGGCAACUCUUCGUACCUUGGUAGCAAGCUCAGCUCCUUCGUUGCCGACAACCAACUCGCCAACAGCUUCAUGAGCUUCUCCACCAGCUACUCGGACACUGGUCUCUGGGGUAUCUACCUCGUCUCCCAAAGCCCCACCACCGUCGACGACCUCGUCCACUUCUCACUCAAGGAAUGGCGCCGCCUGUCCACCAACGUCUCUCCCGCUGAGGUCGAGCGUGCCAAGGCCCAACUCAAGGCGUCGCUCCUACUCGCGCUCGACGGCACCACAGCAGUGGCUGAGGAUAUCGGCCGCCAGAUUGUAACCACCGGCCGCCGGUUAUCACCCCAGGAGGUGGAACGCGUCGUCGACGCCAUUUCCGAGAAGAACGUCAUGGACUUCGCCAAGCGGAAGCUCUGGGACAAGGACAUUGCCGUGUCGGCGUUUGGCCAGAUCGAGGCUCUCUUCCCGUACGACCGUGUCAGGGGUCUCAUGAGCAGCAACUUGUCAUAG